AUGGAACAUGAUUUGUUAAAAACUAUUUCUAAGGAAGCCUUAAGACAUACUAAAAAAUAUGUCAGGAUAGAAUUAAGAGGCAAACUAUCGCGCACGGUUCCAAUUUUGUUGGACUCAUUAUGCGUAGAGGCUCUAGACACUAUAUUAAAACUUCGGUCAAAGGCUGGUGUAAAUGAGAGUGAAAACAAAUAUGUGUUUAGUAAUCCUUCUGCUUCUAAAACAUCUAAAAAAUAUUUUAGAGCUUGUGCGCUUUUAAAAAAUUAUGCUGAGCAGUGUGGAGCCGAUGUUCCGGAGAGCUUAAGAGGCACAAAACUUCGGAAACAUAUUGCUACAUACAUGUCUGUUAUAAACGCAGAGGAUGCAUCUGUGGAUAAACUUGCAAAUUUCAUGGGCCAUCAUAAAGAUGUCCACAAAACCCAUUAUCGUCAGCAAGUGCCAGCUGCAGAAAUAUACUGUGUUUCCAAAAUUCUUAUGGCUGCUAUGGGCGAUACAAUUGAUAAUGGCGUAGGACUUAUCGAUGGUGUUAAUAGAUAUUUUAGCAACGAUAUUGGCGAUGAUGUUGGGAACGUUGAAUGCAAAGAACCCGAAGAACGUUCGGAAUCUGCCGAAGAACAUCCCAUCGAUAACGUUGAAAGAGGUGGGAGCGAGAGAGAAGUCGAAGAACGUUGGGAAUCUGGGGAAGAACAUCACAUCCAGUCAGACGAAAAAAAAAUCGUCUUUUCAGAUGCAGAAUCUAGUGGAGAGGAUUAUGAGCCAAAGAAAAAAAAGGAGAAGUACUUCACCUUAUGGCAAGACCAAAAGGCGUAGGUGGACUGUAAGCGAAAAAGAUGCUGUAUUUUCCCAAUUUGGCGACAUUUUGCUGCUGGAAAAAUUACCAAGCACAAGCGAAUGUUUAUACGCAGUAAGAAAGUAUCCAUCACUUCAAGAGAGAACACCACAGCAGCUCAAAGCUUACAUUUCAAACUGCAGAAAAGUAGACAAAGAGGGUAAAUGUACUGAAAAAAUAAGAAAAUCAAAAUUAAAGGAAAUAUCGGCUC